AUGACGGCAAGGAUAACCUUUUUACCAGCAUCGAGUUUAACGACGGAACGAUCCUUGACUUGUCUUCGCGAUUGGCAUAACCCCGAGGGACGAGCUGGCGAGGGCAUCUGGCAUGGCCCGCUAGCCCAAGGAAGGAAUCUCACUCAAGGACGACCUCAUGACAAGUGGAUAACUUCUCCGUCGGCUUUCCUAGUAAAAUCCGUGACUAGCCUCAGUAUAGUUGAGAUGGCGGACAUACUCUCCUUCAAUAUCACACAGACUCUCGGUUCUUUCAAGCCUCGCAAAAUGAACGACCCCGAUUUCCCCACUAAGCCCAAGGUGAACGUAGCCUCCUUCGGAGACUUUGUCGAUAAACGGUUCAAAGAGCGCAUCGCCGCGGAAGAGGCCGCUGCUGCACAUGCAACCAGACUCAAAGCGGCGGCCAAGACGCAGUCUCAGUCACGGAUGGGAAUUGGAGGCAUGAUGAUUAGCGACGUGAAUGGUUACGCCAAGCUCGUCGGCAUCAUCAAGAAGGUUCGUCACAAUGGCCUUAGCAUGUGA